UUCACCCAGUGAGUUGGAGAACAAGUGGCCUGUUCCGAUGCGAAGUGUCGGCAGAAGCACCUUCAUUUGCAUCUGCUCAGAGUGAGGCCAAAAUGGAAAUCAUAUCAUUACCUGAAGAAGAUCCAAUCAUUACAGGCGUCGAGAUGGAAUAUCAAAUUGGCGAUGAGAUAAAUUUGAACUGCACAUCGGGAAAAAGUCACCCUGCGUCUAUUCUCCACUGGUAUAUCAACGAACAAAGGAUACAGAAAAAGGAGGCUCUCAUCACAUAUCCGAACACUCACCACCCCAAAGACCUUAUAUCUUCAACAUUAGGCCUGACAUUCAAGCUAAGCAAUCACCAUUUUCGAGGAGGUUCAAUGAGAGUGAAGUGCGUCGCUUCUAUAGCCCCGAUACUGUACCAAAGCGACAAAGAGAGCGUGGUCCAGACCCAGAGUGUUCCCAUAAGGGAGGCACUCCUUCUUGUGAAAAGUUCUUCGACAUGUAUCAACGUCUCUAUAUUGUGGAUUACUCUAGCAACGUACCUUAUUCCUCUCACAACCUAGAAGAUUCUGGUGAUGGCUUUUGUGCUGCUCAAAAGUGAAAUCGAGACGAAAGUGUGAGUGCAUAAUUAUAACAACUGUGAUAAAAAAUACUCUUCUGAAGAGAUUGUGCUAUAGUAAGUUAUACGAUUAGUGUCUUUGUACUAUGGUAGUGAAGCAUUCGAGACAUUUCUUCAGAGAAUGCCGUAGACAUUGAAGUGAAAGUAAUAUAUUAUGCAAUAAGUUUUGUG